AUGGAACACGUCUGCUUUUCUGCCUUCGACCCGAUUUUCCUCCUGUAUCACACGACUCUCGAUCAGUUAUGGCCUCAGUGGCAAUUCAGGGAUGUAUCUCGUUUAACUGCCAUGGGAGGGCCGCUGGUUGCGCCCGCAGUCAUGCUUGGAGAGGCUCAGCCUUCGUUCUUGGGCGUUGACGUAUUCGUUCCCUACUUUGGGGAUAAUGGAAACACAACCACGCUCAAUCACCGUAUGUGGAUGGCUGGCAUUGUCGAGAAUAUCACGGUGGCGGAUGCCAUGAGCGUUGAGAUUGAGGGAAUGUGUAUUCAGUAUGUUUAG